CUGGAACACAGAGAAGAGUUGCUUAGGGUGAGCGAUGCUCAGAGAUACUAUGAAGUCCUGGAGCGACAGCCAGUCAGACCUCUACAGCAGUGACCAAGAAGAGGAAGAACAGAUGAUUUUUGGAGAAAAUGAAGACGAUUUGGAAGAGAUGAUGGAUUUAAGUGACUUGCCUACCUCACUCUUUGCUUGCAGUGUUCAUGAAGCUGUGUUUGAGGUACAGGAGGAAAAGGAAAGAUUUGAAGCACUUUUCACAGUCUACGAUAAUCAAGUGACGUUCCAGUUGUUUAAAAGCUUUAGAAGAGUCAGGAUAAACUUCAGCAAUCCAGAGGCGGCAGCGAGAGCACGGAUAGAACUGCACGAAACCGACUUCAGUGGGAAAAAGCUGAAGCUGUACUUUGCACAGGUACAGGUAUCCGGUGAAAUAGGCGACAAGUCCUACCUCCUUCCUCCACAGCCUGUUAAACAGUUCCUGAUAUCACCACCUGCAUCUCCACCAGUUGGAUGGAAACAGAGCGAAGAUGCAACCCCCCUGAUAAACUAUGACUUGCUUUGUGCUGUCUCCAAGUUGGGGCCAGGGGAAAAGUACGAGCUGCAUGCAGGGACAGAAUCGACCCCUAGUGUAGUUGUCCAUGUCUGCGAAAGUGAGACAGAAGAGGAAGAGGAAAUAAAAAAUCCCAAACAGAAGAUCAUGCAGACAAGGCGUCCUGAACCACCUGCCACAAUACUGAAUGAAUCUAAAGCAUUCGAUUGUACACUGGAGGUAGGGGGCACUAUGCACUGUUAAGUUGUGUGAUGCUCCAGAUAGUAUCAAAAACCAGACACUUACUGAGUUCCUGUGUUGCUGUCUGUACUGCUGCUAUAUGUCAUGUAUAGCGACAACAGAUUUUACUUGUAGUUGUCUCUCAUGGUCAAGAUUUUUGGAUGCCAAUGCUCUGACAAGCACUUUAAUUUUAGGGACUAGUCCCCUGAGUGUAGCAAAUCCACCUGACUUGAAAUAGUGAAAAAUAGGAAGUCUGGUUGU